AUAUCAUAGUUUUAGAAGUGUUAAAUAAAAUAUAUUUAAAAAGGUUUUUUUUACAUUAUAGCAAAGAAAAAAAUGUACUCGUAGAUCCACAAGCUUACUGUAAAACUACCCUCCCCGUCCACUGAUAGAGGAAGGAUACCUGGAAAUGAAUUUACAGUACCAGCAUGAGUUGCUUCUGAGGUAGGCGUGUUCCCAUAGGCAUUCUUGUUUUCUUUUGUUGUGUACUGCUGUUGUCGGCUAAUGAAUUUAUUAAGCAGUGAGUAUUGGAGGAGUUUAGGACUCUGCAGGAUGGGUGACUGUUGCAUGUCAGGUGAAGACAGAGAAAGCUUUAGAAUUCACCAAGAAAUUGAGAGGCAGCUUAAAAUGGACAAGAAAGAUGCUUCCAGACAGCUAAAACUCUUACUUUUAGGCACAGGGGAAAGUGGGAAGAGCACCUUCAUCAAGCAAAUGAGAAUCAUUCAUGGCAAAGGCUACACAGACGACGACAAAAGGGCCUAUGCUAAACUGGUGUUCCAGAAUGUUUUUACUGCCAUUCAAAACCUGAUCCAAGCAAUGGAGAACCUAAAAAUCCCUUUUGCUGAUGCCAAGAAUACAGUGUAUGCAGCAAUGCUUAAGAGAGCAACAGCAAGCGCAAUGGAGUCAAUUAAUUCUGAAUAUGCUGAAGCCAUAAAGAGCAUGUGGAGAGACUUUGGCCUGCAGAAAUGCUACGAACGUCGGAGAGAGUUCCAACUUUCAGACUCCGCCAAAUAUUACCUGGAUGACAUUGACAGAAUCUCUUCAGCAUUUUAUUUACCCAGUCUGCAGGAUAUCCUCCGAGUCCGAAUACCAACCACAGGCAUCAUCGAGUAUGUCUUUGACCUCAAGACAGUCAUAUUCAGAAUGGUUGAUGUUGGAGGCCAAAAGUCAGAGAGAAGAAAGUGGAUCCAUUGUUUUGAAAAUGUUACUUCCAUUAUCUAUCUGGUGGCUCUGAGCGAAUUCGAUCAGGUCUUAUAUGAGUGUGAGAAUGAGAACCGGAUGGAAGAAAGUAAGGCGCUAUUUAAAACCAUCAUCUCCUACCCCUGGUUUCAUCAGUCCUCUAUCAUACUCUUUCUUAAUAAGACGGACCUCCUGAAGGAGAAAAUCGCAACUUCGCACCUUGAAGAUUAUUUUCCAGAAUAUCAAGGUCCUAAAAAUGAUGCAGAUGCAGCGAUGAACUUCAUCCUGGAAAUGUAUAAUCAACAGAACGCAGACGCGCAAAAACGCAUCUAUGCACACUUUACUUGCGCAACCGACACAGAGAAUAUAAAACGUGUGUUUAGAUCAGUAAAGGACACCAUUCUACAAAACAACCUUGGGGAUUUUAGCUUGCGUUAGGUCAGACAUACUGCCUUUAUACUUUUCAUCUCUGAGUCUGUAAAAAUGGCUCAACAAGCCAUUUCUGAGUCAUACAUGUCUGUGGAUUCUGGUAAUUUGGCAUGUGUCCUAUAAUUUAAAUUAUAAAUUUUUUGUUAUGUUUGUUUGCUGGAACUGAUUUUCUGAUUGGGGAUUUUUAUCUUGAGAGUAUUUUUAAUACCUUUUAAAACAUACUAAACUAGAUAUAUCAAGAAGUAGAUAAUAAAUGAAAGAUAAUAAAUGGGUUGGAUAAUAAAUGAAACCUGUGGUAAUAAGGGGGCUUCACGUCAGGGUCAUCCACUCAAUCGUAUUAUUUUAAACAAUUGUUGUCCACAUGUAGCCAUAUUUGAUUAUCACACAAUACUCAAUGUGACUAAACACUAAACAGAUAUACAAUACUGUGUAAAAGUCUUAGGCCACCAUGCUACCAUUUGGUUGUUUUUGCAAUUGUAUAGUGAUAUAUAAUUGUCUCUUUAUUAGAAUACAACCAGAAAAUACAGGAAAUGUGUAUGUAGUGUUAAAAACAGCAUACAAGUAUAAGCUGAAGUGUCAAGUAUUUAGGGUAAACUUCUUUUCCACUUGACAAUAGCAGGCAGCUGCAGGAUCUCUUAAACCUUAAUGAAAUUAAAUCUAUUAUUAAUUUCUAAUUCUAAUUGAAUGACUUCAGGUCUCCUCAAAAAAACUCAAGGGGCCCUAUCUUGGGCGCUGUUGCUAUUUUCCCGGCGUGAGAAAUAACUCUUGCGCCGGGCGCAAAUCAAUAAGGGGUUGGUCUGAAGUAGGUUAAUUAUUCAUAGGUGUGGUUUGGGCGUAACGUCAAAUAAACCAAUCAGAACGCUAGCCAAC